CAUUAUCGAUAUCUACUUUCUCGAUAAUCGGAAACUAAACUCGCCUAGGAAAAUAACGGAAACAAAAAAUGGACGUUACGCUGUUAGCUUCUUUCGCUGUUUUAAUUAUUGCACUGAUUAUCGGCAUUACGGUAUUUUCCAGUCAAAAAUCAGCAAAGAAAAAACAAGCAAAUGUAGCCGAAAGAGUUGCACAAGGUAGACCAAUAAGGCGAGCAGCGGGUCAAAGAGUUGCUAGACGUCGUAUGCAAGCGACUUCCAAUCAGCAAAUUGAGGAAGAUGACGAUGGAUCUGGAAAUGAAGCUAACGACGAAGCAGAUGAGAAGCCAGCCACGCCUGAUUUUAAAAUGGGUGCAAAGAAAAGGGCCAAGUUGGCAGCCAAAUCAGAGAAAAGAGCACAAAGAGAAGUUGUUGAAAGAGAAAGAGAAGAACGUAAGAAAAGAGAACAACUUCUUCAAGAAGAAAGAGAUAAACAAUCUGAAAGAGAGAGGGCAGAAGAAUUAAGACAAGAGGAGGCAGAAAGGAAAGCCAGGGAGGAGAAAGAAAGGAAAGAACACGAAGAAUAUUUAAAAAUGAAACAAGCAUUUAGCGUAGAAGAAGAGGGCUAUGAUCAGGAUGACGAAGAAGACAAAGAAAAUUUAUUAGAAGAAUUUGUUCUAUACAUUAAGCAAAACAAAGUAGUAAUUCUAGAAGAUUUGGCAGCACGCUUUGGUUUAAAAACAUCAAGCGUAGUAGAAAGAAUUCAGGAUCUGCAGGCGCAUGAAAAUUUGACUGGAGUUAUCGACGAUAGAGGGAAAUUUAUUUACAUAUCUCAGGAGGAGCUGGAAGCUGUGGCAAAAUUUGUCAGACAACGCGGUAGAGUCAGCAUCACCGAACUAGCAGAAAAUUCAAAUCGUUUGAUUAAUUUGAAUCCAGGAAAACAACCUAGCAUAGUGGAAGCUAGAUAGGUUAUGUGAAAUAAGAAUAAUUUUAAUUUUAACAAAAUGUAUACAUUGUUCACAUUCAGAAAAUAGGGUUAUUAUAUAUAGAGUAAAAAAUAUCCUAUUUAUGUCGUAUAAAUUGUAUAUUUGCUGUAAAUAACACAUCUACAUAUAAAAUGCAAUUUUUAUUACCGUUAAGAUAUACUUGAUAAAUUAAUUUAACAUUAUUAAAUCAGAACGUGAUCAGAAAAUAGGUUUGAUACUUUCGACGAUUUCAGACACGCGUUAACGAUUCCUUUCUUAAGAUCUGUUAGAAAGAUAUUUAUUAGUCACAGCUCGUAUUUACAUAUUAUUAAAAAUCUACUCAAGACGGAAACACCCGAAACUUCCAAGCUUUUCGAAUCAACAAUCUGAUGACACCAAGGAUCGAUGUUGCAUCAGAUUCUAGUUUUCAUGUAGAUGCAAAUUGUUUGCGUUAUUUUUUAUUCUUCCCUGAAUGUAUAAUUUAUGUCGUCGAAAUGCGUGUUGACGAUAAUUCUAUUUCUAAAUUGCACGGCGGUAGUUAAUCAUUAACUGGAAGAAUUAGAAGAAUUUUCUGUAAUUAAAUUUAUUCUUCGGGAACACCUUCAUCGAAGGAUUAACUUUGGCCUGAAAAAGAUCGAUGUGCUGAUCAAUACGUUGAUUUACGAGAAAGACGGCUAGCGGCACUUUACAACCAGUAACGUAUCCCGUUCUUCAGCCUAAAGUUAGUUCAACAGCUACGAGGCCUCGUCCAUCAAAUCUUUUUAGCUCCAAGAGCAAUGUGCGAUUUGUUUUAAGACGAAUGAUAAUAGUUCCAUAUCUAUAAUAAUACGAAUAAUAAUAUUUCUACGAUCAAAAAGAAUUAUCACCUUGAAACUGUAUGCUUCAAACGUACUUCCUUGAAUUUAUCCUACAAUAUGCGAUAAAAUAUUAUUUUCAUAAAAUUUAGGUAUUUUUUCUUACAAAAUAAUGGCGUCAUCUAAAAGCUAAAGAUAUCAUACGUCUGAUUCAUGGUCGCGUAUAAUUCAGGAAAUUUUUCACAGUUUUUCCUGUAUGAAUAGUAAUUUGACCUCCAUUAAUUCAUGCACAUCAUCAACAAGCUUACUGGUAAUGUAAACUACCGAUCUAUUAAAAAUUCUGUCAUUGAUGGUUCGGAGGAAUCGAGAUCAAUCCCCACUCGAUAUCAAAACUGAAUAUGCGAAGAAGGGGACACUCGCAAGCUAUGUAAGAGGCGACAGAAUCGCCGGAGAACCUGCAGUCUUUCUGGCGAUCUCGAGUUUACAUCCAUUUAAAAAUUCCUCGCUCAUUCAGCUCAUUAGAAAAAGAACAAAAAGAGCGAAUAAUUAUCGAUCCGAGUCGAUGUGAGGAAAGUUGGAAUCAACAGAAAUCGCAGUAGUAUUUCGUGGCAAUCGAGAAGACCUAUGUGUCGAUGAGGUGCAAAGUCUUGGACUGUCAAGGCAACUCCCCAACAUUCUUACCCAGUGUUAGGCUUGCUAAAAAUCUUCGAACUCGCAAGGGGAGUCGACGUGCUAAUGUUGGAAAUCGUUUAGAACUGCUAGUUCUGGUUCACUUGCACCACGUGCCAUAAA